AUGCCAGUAGAACGGCUUUGGCUCGGAAAUGAUGGGAAAUAUCAAGUGCAGGCAUCAUAUGUAUGUCUUUUCCAAGAUAAAAAAGUAAAACUUCGAAAACCUAAUGGCGCCAUGAUUGCAAUACCUCUAAAUCUCUUAUGUUCUGAAGACAUUGCCUUCAUUGCGACUCAAUCGAAAUUGCCAACUAGAGAUUCGACAAUAAAAAAAACUCAGAAAAGUAAAACCUUGGUAACGCCAGAACUCUCAACAAGCUCUUCUUAUUUUUCUGGAGAGACGCUGGCCCAUACUGAGAGCCAGAAGAUUGAACUCGAUCAGAGACCUCAUAUUGGCUCAGAACCAAUGCCACUUCAAGUGACUACAUCAGCGAAUCGCCAAAAUGUUCGACAUUUAAGUGAAGAUGAAUCAACACAAAUGAUACCCAAACGUUCACUCUCUUCAAUAACUGAUCAAUUCAAACGCCAAACAUUUCUAGUAGAAAGUCGACAAAAUGCAUAUAUCGAUAUUAAAAGUCUUGCUAAUCUCCCGAGCAGAGCUGCAAGCUUAAUUUCAUCUUAUUUAGAUUUCCGAUCACGACUUCGAUUAUCGUGUGUCAGCCGUCGAUUACAUCAAAUUGUUUUCAAACCAGAAGUCUGGGCAACUGUCUCGUUUUCGAAAUCAGAUCACUAUAUGGUCAAUGACGAAUAUUUUUACCAGGCAGUGGUAUAUUUACAACAAAGGGGAAGUUUACAAAAGGCAAUUAAACACGUUGAAUUGGAUGGCACAGUGAUAACAUCUGCCUCUGUCUUACUUGCCGUAAAGUAUCUUGAAAAUUUAGAAUUUAUAUCAAUCCAAGGAUGUUGGAGUGUAUUAACAUAUCAGCUGGCAACAGAAUUGACAAAAGUAGCGGCAAGGCAUUCUGACAAGUAUCCAUCCAAAAUAUCUAAAGUCACAUUGGGUAAGGUACUCCAUCGUGGGCCUAUGAGUACAAAUGUUGCAAAUGAGAAAACCUGCUUAGAUAGCAAAUCAUUUGGUCAAGAUGCCUGGUUCAUGAAUGCUGCAUUAAACAAGUUAACUGGUAAAAAUGUCGCUUUCGAUGUGGUGACUUGUGGUAAUUGUCAUAUUGGUGCGGCCUCUCAGGAUUUUGUAUGCGUUUCUUGUGGAAUUUUACCAUUAAAGAAAUGUGCGGGUUGUGCUCCUCGUUAUGCGGCAACCGAACUUGCGGAUUACCGACUUGCAAUGACCCUAAAAUUAAAAUUCAGAUUGCCCGAUGUGGUCGAUGCGAAGCGACUUUAG